AUGACCGAAUCUACGGACGAUACUUCUGAUUUUGUACAAGCCAUGAUCGCCGAUCGUAAAGAUAUCAUGAUAGAUGGGAGGAGGCUUACAAUUUCAGCAAUGGACAAGUCAAUCAGGAUGCUUUUCUUGGAUUACCCAAUUCUGGAUACUUCUUUGUCAUAUAUACCUAUAUACACACACUUAGAAUUAAAACCUUUGAAGACUAUUCAAACGCCAAUAUUACCGCCACUUUUGCAGAAGCAAAAAGAAUUGACGUAAGUCGUUUUAA